AUGCACAAAAACUCAUUGCUUGGACAGAUUAUUUACACCAGCAUAAUGAGUGCAGUUCUUCUGAUGGCGUGCCUCGAGUGGUUCUUAUGGCUCGCAGCUUUUCUAUACUGUCUUGUCAAGGUCUUUCAAAAGUCGGAACACUGGUCCAUCAAUGUCUUAUGCAUCAUUGUCGGCACCGCCUUUGUGCUCCUGCGAGUGAUAUUUCUUCCCAUCAUGGUGGUCACAUUACCCCUUCCCGAUGCUAUUGCGAAACUAUGGCCAGAAGAGAUGGUAUCAUUCCUGCAGUGGUUUGCCUUCUGGGCCUUUGCCAUUCUGUUGACAGUGCCAUGGCUGUUUUGCAUCUAUCAGGUAGUGACAAACCAACUUGGGCGAACGAAACGAAUGAAACAGGUUCUAGACGACGUCACUGCACCCAAGGUUGUCAUCGUGAUGCCUUGCUACCGUGAAGAACCCGAAGUCCUCAUAAAAGCUAUCAACUCAGUUGUCGACUGCGAUUAUCCACCAUCAUGCAUUCACGUUUUCCUAUCAUUCGACGGAGAAGAAGAAGACAACCUAUAUCUCAACACGAUCAGCCAAUUGGGUGUGUUGUUGAAAACGGAGUCACAUCCCAGAAGUAUCGACGUUAAGUACCGAUCUGCACGAGUGACAAUCUCGCGUUUCCCACACGGAGGAAAGAGACACUGUCAAAAGGUGACCUUCAAGCUCAUUGACCGGGUAUACGAGGAAUAUCUCAAGAGAAACGACAAUCUGUUCAUCCUAUUUAUCGACUCGGACUGUAUACUGGACAAAGUGUGUCUGCAAAACUUUGUCUAUGAUAUGGAGCUCAGUCCUGGCAAUACAGGAGAGAUGCUGGCUAUGACAGGCGUCAUCACCUCGACGACAAAGAAACACAGUAUCAUCACUCUACUACAGGACAUGGAGUACAUACACGGACAGCUAUUUGAGCGAACAGUUGAGUCUGGCUGUGGCUCCGUCACAUGUCUGCCAGGGGCUUUGACCAUGCUGCGCUUCUCGGCUUUCCGAAGAAUGGCCAAAUACUACUUCGUGGACAAGGCAGAGCAAUGUGAAGACCUUUUUGACUUUGCCAAGUGUCAUCUUGGAGAAGACCGCUGGUUGACGCAUCUAUUCAUGAUUGGUGCCAAGAAACGGCACCAGAUCCAGAUGUGCACGUCGGCAUUCUGCAAGACGGAGGCUGUACAGUCAACUCGGUCUCUGGUUAAGCAGCGGCGCCGAUGGUUUCUCGGCUUCAUAACGAACGAAGUGUGUAUGCUAACUGAUUGGCGCUUAUGGAAACGAUAUCCUAUACUUAUCCUGGUUCGGUUUAUGCAAAACACCAUACGUACAACAGCCCUCCUAUUUUUCGUCAUGGUCUUGGCCAUCAUGACCACGGUCAAGAAAGUGGAUGACCUUCCUGUGGGAUUCAUCGCUAUAUCUCUUGGGCUCAACUGGAUGUUGAUGCUCUAUUUUGGGGCAAAGCUGCGGCGAUUCAAGAUCUGGCUGUACCCGCUCAUGUUCAUUCUCAACCCGUUUUACAACUGGUACUAUAUGGUAUAUGGGAUUUUUACGGCAGGGCAGAGAACAUGGGGUGGACCGCGAGCCGACGCUGCGGCAGCUGACAGUCAUACAACAGCGAGAGAAGCGGCAGAACAAGCCGAGAAACAAGGAGACGAACUGAACGUGGUCCCUGAGACUUUCAAAGCGGCACAUGAAGCGCGCAGGGCUGCAUCGAAUCGCGAAUCGACUACGACAAGCGAACUUGGCCGCACUAAAAGCGUGAUACGCCCGCCUGGCAAGAUCGACGGAAAGUUCUCGGCACGUCAAAAGACUGCAUCGGGAAUGUACGCUCAUCCAGAUGAGAUGGACAUAAGCGCCAACGAUGUUGAAAAGGGACGGAGGGGAACUAGAGGUUUCUUUGCGGAUCGAGAUUCGUUGGAUAGUAUCUCGUCAGCUCAGAAUAUCGACCUGGGAGUAAGUACACCACGAAGAAUGAAGCUUCUCAUGAAUGAAGAAGAUCUUCGAAAGUAUCAACUUGGGCAACAAAUUCAGAACCGAAAUUCUGGAAUUGACGAUGCAGAGGGUAUUUACCGUCAGCCAAUCCGAACUCCGUCAGCCUUCCCUCAUGCACAUUCAGCGAGCGCAAAUGACAUCCCUUUGCAUGAUUUGGGAGCCAAUGAUACUGCCGCACAAGGUAGUCGCAGCGAAGAUAUCCAGCGAUUUUCAGAAGGUAGAGGUAUUGGCACAAGAGCAGACAAUGGACGAUCGAGAAACGUAGGGAACUCGUCAUUUGCUAGUCGUAUGGCUAAAAGGACACCAAAGACGAGUCGUUAA